CUCCUCCAGCUUCCUCGGAACAGUUCGUACGCCAAUCCAAGAUGAGACUGCUCUCACGAUCGCUCACUGCUCUUGUCUUCUCUUGUGUUGUUGCAUCAGCCAGCAUUAAGCACACCAUCCUCCCCAAUGGACGCCAGCAAUGCAUCGUGCAUGCGAACGGUAACCAAACCGACGAUGUUCCUACUAUCCUAGAAGCCUUUAAUACAUGCGGCAAUGGCGGCGACAUCGUCUUUCCCGAAAGCGAAGAGUACUACAUCGCCACAAGACUAAGCCCGAUCGUGGAGGAUGUCCAUAUCCACUGGCACGGCCAGUGGACAUUCUCGCCAGACCUGAACUACUGGAGGCAUAACUCCUACCCUAUAUUCUUCCAGAACCACGCCGCCGGUUUCGUACUCACCGGUAACGGCAUUUGGAUCAAUGGCUACAACACCGGCGGCAUCUUCGGAAACGGGAACACCUGGUACGUCGCUGAAGCUGCCUCACCAGUCGGCGACACCCAACCCGGACGACCCAUGCCCUUCGUCUUCUGGAACGUGUCAGACGUCACUGUAUCCAACUUCUACAUCCGCGACCCGCAACUCUGGGCGAUCAACAUCAUGAACGGCACAAACAUGGCAUUCAGCAACAUCACAGUCAACGCUACCGCACCCACCGCACCCAAAAAUGGAACAAAUUGGAUCCAGAAUACUGACGGUUUCGACACCAUGGACGCCAAAAACAUCCUGUUAGAGAAUUUUGUGUACCAGGGCGGCGACGACUGCGUAGCCAUCAAGCCGCGUUCCUACAACAUCAAGAUCCUCAAUGCAACAUGCCACGGCGGGAACGGCAUUGCAGUUGGCAGCCUGGGCCAGUAUCUCGAGGACUCGAGCGUGGAGAACGUGAUCAUAGAUGGUGUGAGGUUACUCCGCAACGAGUGGCUGCAUGGCUCCGCGCUCAUCAAGACUUGGGUUGGCGUCCUGGUCAACCAGUCCAGUCGCAGCUAUGAGUCGGCGUAUGUGCCGCGCGGCGCUGGAUGGGGGAGUGUGAGGAACAUACUGUUCGCCAACUUUCACGUCGAAGGCGCCGAGGCCGGGCCCGAAAUCAAUCAAGACAGCGGAAACAAUGGAACCAAGGCGUUUCAAGGAAGUAGUCUCAUGGAGAUCUCGAACGUGGUGUAUGCCAACUGGACUGGGUAUUUGCAUCUCGAGGAGGGCGGCAAUGAGACUGCUGAAAUUUCGUGCUCGAAGGUUUAUCCGUGCUACAAUAUCGACUUUAGGAAUGUGAGUCUGAUAGUGGCGGAGAAUUCGACGGACAUCGGUACGGGAGACUGUAAAUUCGUCGAGGCGGGCGGUAUCCACGGGCUGAGUGGUGCGGGAUGUUGAAUCUUGGAAAAGAAAUCCGGUUUAUGUAACAUUCAAUGAAAUAUUAUGUUAACAUGAGCAUAUGAGAACGUGGAGCUACCUCCACGGGAUUGUGUUAAUGCUUGACACUGUAUCCGAUGCACAUACUCGCCGUACGUUCUGCCCGGUCAAGAUUUUUGAGUGCAAUGCUAUACAAGGUGAAUCUGGCAUCUUCCGUCGAGCAGGUCAGCUGCAUCUAUUCUCCUUCUUCUGCGCCGAUGAUGUUGCUGACUAGAGCGCGGGGAAGGUCUCAGUCAGACGGCUACCGUCGUCGUAAGCUCUCAGCUAGAGCGAACCUAGACCUGCUCAUCUUGUAAGGACUCGCAACUCAAAUGACCGAGUCGAACCAUUGAUGUAAGACGAGUAAGGUAGUACAUGAGAUUGUACGCGCAAGGUGG